AUGGUCGCACCUACAGUAACCCUCACGCAUUUGAAUCGCGCCGAUGGUUCUGCGACAUAUACCCACAAUGGCUACUCGAUCAUUGGCGCCGUCAAUGGUCCGAUCGAAGUACAGCGACGCGAUGAACUACCCGAGGAAGCAGCGAUCGAGGUGAACGUCAGACCCGCUAUGGGAGUUGGAAGUCCAAGAGAACGACAUCUCGAAACACUGGUACACAACACACUGCGCAGUGUAAUUCUGACCCGAGCGAUACCACGGACACUUGUACAAAUCACACUCCAAGUCAGGAGUUUACCGGAGGAAGACAGCACAGCGGGCGUCAAUACCUCUCUGACCCUCCUCCCACACCUUCUUCACACUGCGCUCCUCGCGCUCCUCUCUGCAUCGAUACCCCUCCGCACAGUCCUCACUUCCGUAAUGAUCGCACAACCCGCCUCGCCGUCUACAAACUCCUUCCCACCCCUACUCUCGCCCACCGCGAACGAACUACUACGCGCGAAACCCAUACGAUCUGUGCAUGUCUUCGCAUUUUCUGGUAACAGGAAGAUGCUGCUGAGCGAAAGCGAGGGAAACUUCAGCUACGAGGAGUGGAACGAGGCAUGCCAGAUGGCCGAAGAUGCAUGCUGUGGAGACGAAGACGAAGAAGAGGAGGGUGGUGUGAGACUGGAGGCUGAAGGCGAUGCCAUGGACGUCGAUGCGCAGGUCGAGGGAGAGAAUCUGGAAAAGUGGUUGAGGAGUGUAGUCAGAAGGAAGGUGGAAUACGAGCAGCGGUGGAAGAGCGCUACCUGA